AGACGUACAAAUUCAAAUUACGCAUGCGUGUGUUGAAAAACUAGAGAAAUCUAACCUAAAUUAACUUUCAAAUUAAUAUGAUUCAAGAACACACAGAAGAAAAAGAAAAAAAGGAAUAUAUAAUGCAAGCGCAAGGAGCUAUGGAAUCUUUUCUCAAUGCGUCAAAGACUGCUUUGUCGCAGUUAUCAUCAUAUCAAACAAUUCGUGUUGUUCUGGGAAAUCAAACGUGCGAUUUGGAUUCUGCUGUAUGCGCCCUGGUUCAAGGAUUAUUAGAAUAUGUCGACACUAAAAAUCGUGGGCAGAGCAAUAUCGCAGUGAUACCAGUCAUGAAUAUCCCAGAGAAGGAAUUUCGUAUUAAAACGGAAGUAGUUUAUAGCUUAAGAUCUCAUAACAUCCCAUUAAACUUAAUAACAUUCAGAGAUCAGAUCAAUUUGCAAAAUCUGCAGAAUGAUGCUUGCAAGAGGCUGGAGCUGAUUUUAGUCGACCAUCAUACUCUUCCGAAUGAAGAUAUCACAUUGAAACUUUCAGUUAUAGCGAUUAUCGAUCAUCGACCAUUGGACCCAGCCUGGUCAUUGUCCAAUGUAUCAUUAAACAUAGAAACCGUGGGAAGCUGCAGCACUCUUGUAGCACGCAAUGUUCUACAAAAAAAUCCUGACAUAUUGGAUGCUCAACUUUCAAGUCUUUUACGAGGUCCAAUAUUGGUUGACACCUACAACAUGUCGAAGGAAGCUGGUCGAGCAACUGCUACUGAUAUUGAUGUGUUAAAUACUAUUGAGAAACUUGGUGGACUCACAUCUGAUAGAACCGAGACAUUUAACAAACUUGUAAAGGCAAAAACAGAUAUUAGCGAAUUAACUCUUGAAGAACUUAUGAUUAAAGAUCUAAAAGUAAUCAAUGGAAUUCCUCUUGUGGGAUUCUCUCUUUUAGUGGAGAAUUUUCUUAUGCGUGAGAAUGCAAUAAAAACAAUUGAAAAGUUCGGUAAUAAUCGAAAUUGUUCUGUCAUUGUUCUCAUCGGUCAGGAUUUAAGCAGUGAACGCGUAUCUCGAGAUAUUGCUGUCUUUUCAACAUUAUCUAAUCAAUUGGGAAAUGAUAUAAUCCUAGCAUUAACAUCCUCCACCCAACCAUACUUAAAUUUAGAAUUGAUCAAGGAGAUUCUAGAUGAAAAAUAUAGCCUACGCUUGUAUAAACAAGGAAAUGUAAAGAGACAACAGCCGGGCCAAGCUACGCCGAGUAUCAACAUCCCCACCCUGUACGAGCGAAAAGCUGCAUUACCCUCAUGAACAUUAUUGUUCUGUAAAUUGUAUAUUUUUCUUUCAUU